AUGAACACGGUGACGCUAGCGUCGCUACUGUGCCUCCUGGCCGGAGCCGCCACCGUGGCGAGGGCCGAGGAUCCCUACUUCUAUUUCACGUGGAACGUCACGUACGGCACCAUCUCGCCCCUCGGCGUCCCCCAGCAGGGCAUCCUCAUCAAUGGCCAGUUCCCCGGCCCCAACAUCAACUCCACCUCCAACAACAACAUUGUCGUCAACGUCUUCAACCACCUCGACGAGCCAUUCCUGUUGACAUGGAGCGGCGUCCAGCACAAAAACUCCUGGCAAGAUGGAACGCUGGGGACCAAUUGCCCUAUCCUGCCAGGACAGAACUUCACCUAUCACUUCCAGGUGAAGGAUCAGAUCGGAAGCUACUUCUACUACCCCACCACCUCUACCCACCGCGCGGCCGGCGGUUUUGGCGGCCUCCGCGUGAACAGCCGCCUGCUCAUCCCCGUCCCCUAUGCCGACCCUGAGGACGACUACACCGUUCUCAUUGGCGACUGGUACUCCAAGACCCACAAACAGCUCAAGACCUUCCUGGACAGCGGCCGAUCCCUCGCCAGGCCUGACGGCGUCGUCAUCAAUGGCAAGUCCGGGAAAGGCCCCGGCGGCGACGAGCCCGUCUUCACCAUGAAGCCCGGAAAGACCUACAAGUACCGGAUUUGCAAUGUCGGUUUGAAGAACUCCCUGAACUUCCGGAUCCAAGGGCACCCGAUGAAGCUGGUCGAGAUGGAAGGAUCACACGUCGUCCAGAACGUCUACGAGUCCCUCGAUGUCCACGUCGGGCAGUGCUUUAGCGUGCUCGUGACCGCCGAUCAGGAGCCCCGUGACUACUACAUGGUCGCCUCCACCCGGUUCACCAAGGAAGUGAUCACCGCCACGCGCAUCCUCCGCUACACCAACGGCAAGGGACCUGCCUCCACUGUCCUCCCUAAGGCUCCCGAGGGCUGGGCGUGGUCGCUCAAUCAGUUCCGAUCCUUCCGAUGGAACUUGACCGCCAGCGCCGCAAGGCCUAACCCUCAAGGAUCCUACCACUACGGCCAGAUCAACAUAACCCGCACCAUCAAGCUUGUGAACUCGGCUUCCAGGGCUGGCGGCAAGCUCCGCUAUGCCAUCAAUGGUGUCUCACACGUCAAUCCCACCACCCCGCUCAAGUUCGCCGAGUACUUUGGAACUGCCGACAAGGUCUUCAAGUACGACGUGAUCCCCGACAGCCCACCGGAGCAAGAGCCUAAGUUGGUGACCUUGGAGCCAAAUGUGGGGAACAUCACCUUCAGGACCUUUGUCGAGAUCAUCUUUGAGAACCACGAGAAGAGCAUCCAGUCGUGGCACCUCGAUGGCUACUCUUUCUUUGCCGUCGCCGUCGAGCCUGGUAGGUGGACCCCAGAGAAGAGGAAGAGCUACAACCUCCUCGACGCCGUGAGCAGGCACACCGUCCAGGUGUUCCCCAAGUCGUGGGCAGCGAUCAUGUUGACGUUCGACAACGCCGGCAUGUGGAACUUGAGGUCGGAGCUGCUGGAGAGGAGGUACUUGGGCCAGGAGAUGUAUAUCAGCGUCCUCUCGCCGGAGCGAUCCCUCAGGGACGAGUACAACCUCCCCGACAACGCCCCACUCUGCGGUUCCGUCGUCGGCUUGCCACUGCCCGCCCCUUACACCAUCUAAAGUGUUUGCUUUGUCCUGAGAAUCUCGUACCUAGAAACAAAAGUGGUGGCAGUAGAGAGAGCGAAUGUAUCGAGCCACUUUUCGAUA